CUCUCCGGCUCGCCUGUCUCCAGUGUGCCAGCGCGCGGCGCAGUCGCGCUCCCAGUGGAAGAUGGCGGUGGGGAUGCUGUCCGAGCCUGCAGCGGGGUACUGGAUUUGUACGAGACGCAGAGCCCGGGUGGAUGCGAAGGGGGAGAAAUGAACGUAUUCCCGAGUGUUCUCCUCGAGCUCUGGACUCUCCUGGGCCCGUUCGAGUAGAGUCUGCUGCCUCUUUCCCUCUUCCCUCCUCCUCCGGCACGAAUCCGGGACCUCACAGACUCACAGUCGCCGAGAGCUGGGCGCACAGACAGGGUGGGAGGGGGAGAGCGGACGAAAAAUGUCGGAUUCCAAGGUAAAAGUUGCGGUGAGACUCCGGCCCAUGAACCGCAGGGAGAUUGAACUGAAAACGAAAUGUGUCGUGGACAUGGAGGACAACCAGACCGUUCUCCACCCGCCGCCCUCCAGUGCGAAAGGAGAGAACAGCAGGAAACAACCUAAGGUGUUCGCUUUUGACCACUGCUUCUGGUCCAUGGACGAAUCCAACGUUCCAAAAUAUGCUGGUCAAGAGGUGGUGUUCAAGUGCCUUGGUGAGGGAAUACUUGAAAAUGCAUUCCAGGGAUAUAAUGCCUGCAUAUUUGCCUAUGGACAAACAGGUUCAGGCAAGUCCUUUUCUAUGAUGGGGAACGGGGAGCAGCCGGGUUUGAUCCCUCGACUCUGCUGCUCGCUGUUUGAGAGGGUCCACAGGGAGGAGAACGAGUCCCACACGUUUAAGUUGGAGGUGUCGUACAUGGAGAUCUACAACGAGAAGGUCCGCGACCUGCUGGAUCCCAAAGGGAGCCGACAAUCACUGAAAGUUCGGGAACACAAAGUCCUGGGUCCGUAUGUGGACGGUUUGUCUCAGCUGGCUGUGACCAGCUUUGAGGACAUCGAGGUGUUGAUGUCGGAGGGGAACAAAUCGCGCACAGUUGCAGCCACCAACAUGAACGAGGAGAGCAGCCGUUCGCACGCCGUUUUCAGCAUCAUUGUCACACAAACACUUUACGAUCUAAAGUCCGGGAAUUCGGGGGAGAAAGUGAGCAAGAUGAGUCUGGUCGACCUGGCAGGAAGUGAGCGAGUCUCUAAAACCGGAGCCGCUGGAGAGAGACUAAAAGAGGGCAGCAAUAUAAACAAAUCUCUCACCACAUUAGGCUGUGUGAUUUCUGCUCUGGCUGAUCAGUCUGCAGGAAAGGGGAAGGCCAAGUUUGUGCCUUACAGAGACUCAGUCCUCACCUGGCUACUGAAGGAUAACCUCGGCGGCAACAGUAAGACAGCCAUGAUAGCCACGGUGAGUCCAUCAGCUGACAACUACGAGGAGACUCUGUCCACGCUUCGCUAUGCAGACCGGGCCAAGAGAAUCGUCAACCAUGCCGUGGUGAACGAGGACCCCAACGCUCGGAUCAUCAGGGAGCUCCGGGAGGAGGUGGAGAAGCUCAAGGUUCAGCUCUCUCAGGCUGAGUCCAUGAAGGCUCCUGAACUGAAGGAGAAGCUGCAGGAGUCUGAGAAACUCAUCCAGGACAUGACCGUCACCUGGGAGGAGAAACUGAGAAAGACGGAGGAGAUUGCCACUGAGCGUCAGAAGCAGCUGGAGAGCAUGGGCAUCUCCUUGGAAACAUCUGGGAUUAAAGUGGGUGAAGACAAGUGUUUCCUGGUCAAUCUAAAUGCUGAUCCUGCCCUAAAUGAGCUGCUGGUCUACUACCUGAAGGAGCACACUCGAGUGGGCGCAGACACGUCUCAGGACAUCCAGCUGUUUGGGAUCGGGAUCCAGCCGGAGCACUGCGUCCUGGACCUCUGCCCAGACGGUGACGUCAACCUGACACCCAUAGGGAAUGCCAGGACCUGUGUGAACGGAACGAUGAUCGAUUCCUUGGUGCACCUGUGGCACGGCGACCGCAUCUUGUGGGGCAACAACCACUUCUUCAGGAUCAAUCUGCCUCAGCGAAAGCGGCGGGACCGUUUGAAGGAGCUGGAGAGAGCUUCUCCCAGAGAGAGCUUCGUCGAGGCAGACGUGGAGACGGCCAGCGAGGCCUCUUCUGAGCAGGACUACAGCUACGAGUUUGCCCAGAUGGAAGUCAUAAUGAAGACUCUUGGGAACAAUGACCCCAUGCAGAAUGUGGUGCACGUGCUGGAGAAACAGUACCUGGAGGAGAAGCGCACGGCUCUGGAGGAGCAGCGGAUGAUGUACGAGCGAGAGCUGGAGUCGCUUCGGCAACAGCUGUCUCCCGAGAAAACGCCGCAGAACCACCGCAGCAGCAGCGACCGCCUCGCGUUCCCGACGAACACGUCACACAGCAAACUGCGGAUAUGGACGGAGGAGCGGGAUGAGCUUUUUCGUCAGAGUCUCUCUCGACUCAGGGAGCAGGUCGUGAAAGCCAACACCUUGGUGCGAGAAUCCAACUUUCUGGCAGAGGAGAUGAACAAACUGACGGACUACCAGGUCACCCUUCAGAUUCCUGCAGCCAACCUCAGCGCCAACCGCAAGCGUGGAGUGAUAGUGAGCGAGCCAGCAAUCCAGGUGCGGAGGAAAGGGAAGGGGACCCAGGUGUGGACCAUUGAGAAGCUGGAGAACAAACUGGUGGACAUGAGAGACCACUACAGGGACUGGAAGGAAGGCACAGAGGAGCUGUAUAACAAAGCAAACAGUAAGCAUUGUGAUCCAUUCUAUGAGGCACAAGAGAACCACAACCUGAUAGGAGUGGCCAACAUUUUUCUGGAGUGCCUCUUCCAUGACGUUAAACUGCAGUAUGCCGUCCCCAUCAUCAGCCAGCAGGGAGAGGUAGCAGGCAGGUUGCACAUUGAGCUGAUGCGAGUCAGUGGUGUCGUACCAGAGCGCCUGUCCGGGGGAGAUGACUCAUCCGAAAACUCCAGCGAGAGUAGCUGCUACGAGGUCAUGGACACCAACGGGGAGAUCGUCCACAUGGCCAAGAGGCUCACCUGCAGGGUGCGGAUCAGGGAGGCCACGGGUCUGCCGCUCAACUUGUCCAACUUUGUGUUCUGUCAGUACACCUUCUGGGAGCACGGCGAGCCCACUGUGGCUCCUCCCAUGGUCAGCCCGGACAGGCCCUCCCCUCGGAGCCCAGAAGCCCAGUUCACUGUCCAGUUCGAUAACUGCAAGGACUACGUCGUGCAUGUGACGGACGAGUUUUUGGAGUUUAUAUCCGAUGGGGCAUUGGCGAUCGAGGUUUGGGGUCACCGCUGUGCUGGAAAUGGACGUUCACUCUGGGAGUUAGACGCACUAGAGGCCAAGACCCAGACGCUCCGAGACAGGUGGAGCGAGGUGUCUCGCAGGAUCGAGCUGUGGAUCUCCAUCCAGGAGCUGAACGAGCAGGGGGAGUACUCAUCUGUGGAGCUGCAGCCUGGAAAAGACGGCAGCACGGGGGGAGUCUUCCAACUACGACAGGGUCACUCCAGGAGGCUGCAGGUGUGUGUGAAGCCGGUCCAGAACUCAGGCACUCUGCCUCUGCUGGUGGAGGCCGUGCUGUCCGUCUCUAUCGGCUGUGUGUCGGCCCGCUCCACCAAACUACAGAGACCGCUCGACAGCUACCAGAGAGAGGUGGAAGAGGAUAUGGAUAGUUAUCAGGAGGAAGAUCUCAACUGUGUGAGGGAGCGAUGGUCAGAAGCUCUGAUCAAACGUCGGGAGUACCUCGACGAGCAAAUCAAGAAAAUCAUCAACAAACAUGAAAAGUCGGAGGAGGACGUCGAGCGGGAAGCUCGGCUGGUGGAGCAGUGGGUCGGACUGACUGAGGAGAGAAAUGCGGUGCUAGUGCCUGCACCUGGCAGUGGCAUCCCGGGAGCACCUGCAGACUGGACCCCACCUGCGGGAAUGGAAGCGCACAUCCCCGUACUUUUCCUGGAUUUGAACGCGGACAAUCUGACAGUGAACGAGCAGCUGACGGGCCCACAUGCUGCGGGCGUUAACUCUAUCCUGCCCAAGGAGCACGGGAGCCAGUUCUUCUAUCUGCCCAUCAUCAGACACAGCGACGAGGUAACGGCAUUGUGCUCCUGGGACUCAUCCAUCCACGACUCUGUGCACCUCAACCGGGUCACGUCUCCAAACGAACGCAUCUACCUGAUCAUCAAAGCCACGGUGCAGCUCAGCCACCCUGCCUCCAUGGAGCUGGUGCUCCGCAAGCGCAUCGCCGUCAACAUCUACAACAAACAGAGUUUCACUCAGAGUCUCAAGAGAAGAAUGUCUCUAAAAAACACACUCUACUCCUGCGGGGUGACUUAUGAAAUCGUCUCCAACAUACCAAAGGCCUCAGAGGAGCCAGAGGAGAGGGAAACCUUGGCCCUCAUGGCUGCUCGUGGUGACAGCGAGGAGACUCAGGAUGGAGAAACCUACAUAGAGAAAUACACAAGGGGGGUUCUGGAAGUGGAGAACAUCCUCAGUCUAGAAAGGUUACGGCAGGCUGUGACAGUGAAGGAAGUGCUCGCUGCCAAGGGGAGACACCUGAGAAGGAGUAUCAGCACACCAAAUGUACAGCAAUCUUCUUGUAGUAAAACAGACCUGACAGGUUGUGAAGAUGAAGACUGUAAGGACCACUGUGAUCAUGUGGACAGCUCCAACUGCAAUCCCCAAGAUGGCUCCCUUUGCAGCACACCCACCAAAUGCAAGGAGAACCAAGGUUUGGUUCCAGAGAGCCCAAGCUUUUUCAAUUCCAGCCCCUUCAAAGUCCUCUCCCCUCAGCCGCCCAAGUUCCUCAAGUCUCUGCUGCCUGUCAAAGAGGAGAACAAGGCGAAGAAAGCCCUGGAGGCCCGGCCGCUGCUGGGACAAGAGAGCAUGCGCUCAUGUGUGGACAGCCCUGCACUGCUCCCCCCUCCCUGCCCUUGGCGCCGACCCAGGGCAGGCAGCGAGGGCCACUGCAAGCCUUCCACCUCCACCUCCACUUCCACCCCCACCUCCACCUCCACUCCCACCAGCAGACAGCUCAGCCACACACUGCCACGCACUGCUCAGGACUCUGAGGAUGAGGAGACGGGGGUGGAUGUGACUCUGAACCUCGAUCGGGGCACUCAGGAUCAUGACAGCUUCCGGCCGUACAUCCCAGAGGACUUUGCAAACUUUGAGAUCUACAACGCCACUCUGGAGAGCCAGGAGGGGUUUCUCUCCUCCUGCUCUGACUUGAAGGGAAGCCGGUGUGGAGCUGGGAGCGGAGAGAGGGAGGUGCCCCGAAGCCCCACAGCCAGCAGUUGCACAAGUGGCUACUUUUCACACAGUGCCUCCAACGCCACGCUGUCCGACAUGCCUUUCAGUGCCAGUGAGAGCUCUGACCAACUCAGCUGCACCUCCAGAGACCCCCAGGACUCCCUCGUCUGUCCUGCAGGACGAGGCUGCACCCAAACCAAAAGUCUUCCUGCAGGGAUUGAGCCGCAGGGAGAUCCUGUGGUCCAGGAUCUGCUCACUCACCCUCAGGGCUCCUCGCCUGUCAGUAUUCCUAAUUGCAAAGACAAGCGGCAAACAUUCCCUCUGCCUCACAACUGUGUUCUCAGUGCCAGCCAGGAGUUCACUGACUUUAAAGGGGCUGAUGACAGUGUUGGAGGGAGCGACUUAGCACAUUUUACAGAGAGAUGGCAGCAGGAGGGUAUGGAGCAGAAGAAUCCUGAAAAGGUGGAACCAUGUGACACUGGCAGUCAACACUCCUCUGUUGUCUCCGGUGUUUUCGACGCAUCUAAUCCUGAAUUUGCAAUAUUCAAAUGUCUAAGUAGUGAAGACUCUGUUCGUGUACCUGUCUCCUGCCCUAACACAACUUUAGUUUGCACUUCAGUCAGAGCCCCAUUAAGUCCCCCAGCUCCACCUCAAGUCCAAUCAUCUCCCUCUGCACCAGUCCCACCUCCAACAUUACCAUCCCCGAUCAAACAUUCUUCUUCCGCCGCUGCAUCCUCCGGCCCAGCUCUGUGUGCAGGAGGGGAACCUCCGAUCCAGGAGCCAGCACAGGGGGAUGUACCCCACGGGAGUCCCUGCCCAAGUCCUAACCCCAGCAGUGCCGAGCCCUCGGGGGACUCCAGCGGGGAUGAGAGCACCCCUGCCGCUCAGCUCCCUGACUGGAUGGCCCCUGGGGAGCAGGUGUGGGUGGGGAAGAGGAGAGGAACAGUCCACUAUGUUGGAGGGGUCGAGUUUGCGAAGGGCAUCUGGAUUGGUGUGAAGCUGGACAUGGCAGUGGGUAAACACAACGGGACCGUCCAAGGCAGGGUGUACUUCCGCUGCCCCCAGGGCCACGGUGUGUUUGUCAAGCCAUCCCGUCUCACCAGAGGACCGCCCUCCAUGGACACAGAACCCCAGACUCUGAUCAGAUAGGACCCAAACAUCGACCAGUUCCCCGAGGAGCAGCAGACCAACGAGCGUGGUCCUCAGAUCCAGUGCCUAUGUGGGUGAAAUCAGCACAGCUUCUCACCUUCCAUCACAUUUACCACUCAAACCUCUGAGCUGAUGUAUUCUUUCUGUAGGCACGUCCGCUUUCCUGAAGCGAACCUGACCUGUGCAUUUAAUGAAGGUAUAUCUCUGAUUGCUGUUCACUGAAACUUCUCUCUAUGCACAUAUCUGAGUUUUUUACAAGGUGAUAUUUUUGAUAGAGAACUUAACUUUUGACUGGGAGUCCAUAUGGAAAUAUUACCCACAAUAAUUUUUCUUACAUUGGUAUCUGAACAGUAUAUAUACUAUUUUUUAUAAGACAAUGCAUCCUCCCCCUGAGGCUCAUCGUGGAGUAAUUUGGGAUAUGAAGAUUAAGAAUGUACUACUGUCAAUAAACAUUGAUAUUUACGUUGAUAUGAUAUAUCAGGGGUAACCAAAGAACUACGGUUCCAUAUCUGCUGUUAUAAGUAAUAUGCUAUUUUUCUAAUGUACAAUGUGUGGAGGUAUUUACUAUAUACUGUAUCUAUGUGUCCAAGUAAAGCUUAGUGCCAUAGGAGUAAUGCCACAUAUCCUGAACAGAGGACGAAUCUGCAAAACCUGAGUGUUUGACCGCAGUUAUCAUAUUAAAUUAUCCUGUUGAAGUACUGUAACACUGUGGAGGAAAUAAUCCCCAUCCAGCAUUAGACUGUUGCUGUUUGAACGCUUGCACUGGAAAGGAUUCUUGGAGAGUUCGACCGACCAUCUUCCAGCUUGGACUGAUGAAAUAUUUUCUGAACUGAAGUGACUGGAGAAACGCUUGAUGUCACUUUAAAUCAUGGAACGAAGCAGCUGGAUAUUCUGAUGCCUUAUUGCCCCGUUCCUCACAAAGAAAAGGCACAUAAACCCCAGACUCCACAACAAGCUCUCUUGAGUUAUUGAUGAUAACAAACUGUAUGGACCUGUGUGUGUAUGUCACGACGCCCAGAGGCAUUCAAGAGGCCAUCCAGCCUCGCUGACUGAUCGAUUGAAUACCUUUUUAACUGCUCAGCCACCUGCAUUCUAUAUGUUAACUGACUGAUGUAUUAGACUACAUGUUAAAAGGUACUCAUGCAAUGAGGGGGCGUGGGUUACUGGGUGAUGGACAGAAUCAGGUGAAAGAAAACGGUGCAAGAGUAGUUUAGUCACGGAGAGAACGUGUCCUAUAUAAACUUAUAUUUUUAUGGAAGUGGUGAACUGUGGAACUGACUAAUAGUUUGUGUGUUGAAGCUGUUAUUUCGAGUAAAUGAAAGAAACCCAAGACCUUACAUUAAAGAAGAGAACAAAGCUGCUCUCCCUCACAAGGAGUUGUAAAUAGAAAAUGUAUUUGAACAUAGUAUUUACACUAUUAUAAUGUACAGAAUUGUAUUUAUAAUGUAUCUCAAACGGUUUUAAAUUGGUACAAAAUGUUCUUGAGCAGAACAUUUACAAUCA